CCUGUGCCGAGGGUCCACACUUUUGGAAAGGGGGAGCAGGCAAUGAGGAGAGACCCCCACAUCCCCCCCACCAUGCGGGGCUGGCUGCACAAACAGGACAGCUCAGGGCUGAGGCUCUGGAAGCGGCGUUGGUUUGUGCUGGUUGAUCUCUGCCUUUACUACUACAGGGACAGCAGCGAGCAGCGAGUACGGGGGGGACUCCCCCUACCCGGCUACAGGAUCCGUGUCCUGGCCCCCAACACCAGCAGCCCUCAAUUCCUCUUCACGGUGGAGCACCCCGGGAUGAGGAGCUACGUGCUGGGGGCUGACAGCGAGGAGGAGCUGGGGGCAUGGAUGUGCAGAUUGCAGUGCUCUGCUUCACCCAUGGGGGGGCUGUACUCACGGGAUGCUGAGGGCAGCUGGUUCCGCUCCCUGUUUGUGCACAAGGUGGAUCCCCGCAAGGACGCCCACUCCAACCUUCUGUCCAAGAAAGAGACCAGCAACCUCUACAAGAUCCAGUUUCACAACGUGAAGCCAGAAUGUCUGGAUGCCUACAACAGCCUGACGGAGGAGGUGCUGCCCAAGCUGCACUCAGAUGCCGAUUACCCUUGUGACCUGGUUGGGAACUGGAACACGUGGUAUGGGGAGCAGGACCAGGCAGUGCACCUCUGGCGCUUCUCUGGUGGGUACCCAGCCCUCAUGGACUGCAUGAACAAGCUGAAGCAGAAUAAGGAGUACCUGGAUUUCCGCAAGGAGAGGAGCCGCAUGCUGCUGUCACGCAGGAACCAGCUGCUGCUGGAGUUCAGCUUUUGGAAUGAGCCCCUGCCCCGCAAGGGGCCCAACAUCUAUGAGCUGAGGACCUACAAGCUCAAGCCAGGGACCAUGAUCGAGUGGGGCAAUAACUGGGCUCGGGCCAUAAAGUACCGCCAGGAGAACCAGGAGGCAGUGGGUGGCUUCUUCUCUCAGAUCGGGGAGCUGUACGUCGUGCACCACCUCUGGGCCUACAAGGACCUGCAGUCCCGUGAGGAGACAAGGAACGCAGCGUGGAGGAAGCGGGGCUGGGAUGAGAACGUCUAUUACACGGUGCCGCUGAUUCGGACGAUGGAGUCCCGGAUCAUGAUCCCCCUGAAGAUCUCCCCGCUGCAGUGAGAUGGGACACGUGCUGCCUGCCCCAGCUCUGCUGGGAAGUGCUGGGGGCAUCUCCUCCCAUUGAGGGGGGACUGAGGGGGAUGAAGGUUGAGACUCUGACCCCCCUGGGCUCUUCUCCCCCCUAUUUGUGGGGACCUGCAGGUGUGCCCCAUGUUGCCAUUGCCCUCCAUGCAAAGGACAAGCCCUCAGAAUCCUCCUGAGAGCUGGGCUGGGGGCUGCUCAUAAUUACCGCUAACGAGCUGCUCGUCGGGUGCCUGUCCCCGCCGGGCUGUGGGGGGGGGGUGUCGCCAAUUAAAUAUUUAAUUGCCA